AUGAGUCCUAUUAAUAUUCGUACAGUCAAUGGUGCCGAGCAUAAUGGACAAUUACCUACUCGCUACCAACGAAUUCAAAAUAGAGCUGCAGCUGUGCUCGAUGCGUGGGAUGAAUUUGGUGAAUCUUUACCUAUCGAUUUAAUUGCGCAUAUGCAUCAUAUCAAUGCUGAUCAAAUUAGAAAGGAUUUAAAAGGUGAUCAAAUUGAUUUUAAAAAAAGAUUUGGUGCUAAAUCAUCAACUAAAUUUGAGCAUGUCCUUAAACGAUGUAUGAAUGAGAUUGAAGAAGGUGUUGAUUCUGCGUUAGCAGCUGUUGCUCACAAUAUUCCAUUUAUGCUUGUACGAGAUAUUCAAAAUGGUAAAAAUUUAAAACAAGUGACAGCUGAUUUUUUUCUUGCUAUGACAACAUCGAAUGAAAAUAAACCGAACACCACUGAAGAAGGUCUUGAUUUCACCACCAAUGAAGUCUGUGUAAAACAAGUCGACUUUAGUCGCUUCAAUGUUAUAUUACAAGAAUCUCAAAUAACAUCAUCGAAACGUUUUAAGAAACUGUGCCAUAAUGUAUGUCAAUUAGAACCAUCUCAAUUGAAAUUAGAAUGGUUAUUAACAAAUGUUCAUGGCCUUGGACUUAUUAAUACAAAUAUAGAAAAAAGAUGCUUAAACAUUUGCUAUAUUAAUUCCAUCAUCCAAUGUUUAGCUAAUACUGCUCCGUUUGUUCAAUGGCUAUUGAAUGACGAUAUUCAUGGAACAUGCACAUUGACGGAAAAUGAUGAAUUUUGUUCAUGUUGUCUUAUGCGUUCAAUCAUCAAAAGUAUUCAUCAGCUAAAUCACCGUACGUGUAGUUUUUUUUCUCAGUUAUGCCAAGCUUCAGCUGUUUCCAUGGGUCGACAAAUUAAUAAAUUAUCGUCAAGUUUCGUUGUUGGUCGACAAGAAGAUCCUUCAGAAUUUUUAAUUGUUCUGCUGAACCAUAUGAUUCAAUGUUUUUCGCCGAUGAAAUUAUUAUCCUGCUCGACAUUUUUAUCUAAUCCAAUCGAUAUAAUUUUUGGCAUAAAUCUGGAAACAUCAAUUACAUGUAGUAUUUGUUUCAAUAAAACCCAACAGAAUAAUCAUGAAUGUGUUUGGUCUGUUGCAAUAAGUUCCUGUUUUAAUCUCAAACAAGCUCUUGAUUCAUUCUGUUCAACUGAAGAAUUAGCUGGCGAUGAUAUGUUUUUUUGUUCGAAAUGUGAAACAAAGGCAGUAGCAUUGAAAUCAACAAAACUUACUGAUCCAUCACCAGUUAUUUUCAUUCAUCUCAAAAGAUUUUUUUUUGAUAAAACUAUUAAAACAAUUCAUAAAAUGGACCAUUUUAUUGCAUAUCCAGAAUUAUUAGAUCUUUCAUCAUUGAUCUGUCCAACAGUAAUACAGUCAAAUCAAGAAAAUUAUUCAUUAAAUGAGUUUCUUUAUCAAUUAAAUUCUGUCGUAGUACACGUAGGCGAAAAUGCAAAUAAUGGUCACAUUUUUUCGUAUAUUCGAUCACCUGACAAUCUAUGGUACAAAGCUGAUGAUGAAUCAAUUACCAGAGUCGACUUAAGUGAUGUUCUUACUGACAAUAACUCUUAUAUUUUAUGUUACAGUAAAGUAUCUAGACAAAAGAUAAUCUCAAAUGAAACAGAAACAUUUGCAUCAUUUGAAGUAGUACCACGUUUAUUAUUAUCAUCUACGCCGAAGCAUAUCCAAGAGAAAUCAUAUAAACUUAUUGAGCAUAAUUCAAGAUGUCCUACAGAAUUCUCAUUGAAUGCUUCUAGUUUUGAAGAUGACUCGUCGAAACAUGUAUCAUCAAUAGCAGAAAGUCCUAUUCUAAAUAUAAAUUCAUCGAAUGCAGAAAAUAGUAUUGUCCAUCAAGGUGAAGCUUUUCAAGAUAAUCUACCUUCUUCAAAAGUAGAAUUAUCUUCGAAAAAUAUACUAGAAUCAGUUGAACUGGACACUGAAAGUCGAAUUGAAUUCAUAUCCAGUACGAAUCAUCAUCAGGAACGUCCAAGUAACUUGAAUUUAUACAAUACAUCAAAUUCUUCUUCAGUGUCUCGAUCAAAAUAUACUUUAUCAUCAACAAAGAAUCGUGUUAGAUUUAGUGAUGAUAUUACUCAGUUAUGUAUAAGAUCGCAACAGUCUGAAUCAAUUUCAAAUUUCAAGAUGACAAGUGAUUCUCCAGCAGAUAUGAAUGGUGAAGAUUCUCAAGAUAAGGAUUAUUUUCAAGCAAAACUACCAUCAUCGUAUCAAUUCAAAUUACAAGAACCAAUUCGUUCUUUGAUAAAGCAGCAGUUUGCUUACGGUGCUAGUGUUUAUCGUGUACAUCAUGAACGAUUAAGAAUUCGAACACGCGAGGAGAAAGAAGGUUAUAAUUAUGAUGCAACUGACGCUGAUGAAUCAUUAUUUCGUUUGAACAAAAAAUUUCAACAAGAAGUUAAUCCACAAGGAAGAGUUGUUGGUGCUAUUCAGCAAAUUUGCAAAUAUCCUUACCAGAUAAUAGUUUACACUGAAUCAUCAAUUCGUCUUUUUGAUACUUUAUUAAAACAUAAAAAUAUAGUUUUAUCAUGGGACGCUACUGGUAGUGUAAUAAAAGAAAAAAAGAGUUCGCCUCGUUUAUUAUAUUACGAGCUCAGUAUUACACUACCAGGUAUCGUUUCCGAAGAUAGCAUUGUACCUGUCACGUUUAUGAUCAGCGAUGCUCAUUCUUUGCUUUUCGUUAAUAAACCAUUUCCACGACCACAGUUAAUUUUGAGUGACAGGGCACAAAUCUUCUUAUUAGCUGCUCUUCAUGUAUGGAACAACGAGUCUCUGAAAGAUUUUCUUAAUCGAGCAUAUAGAAUCGUAAAUGAUAACACAAAUGACGAUGAUUUAAAAAUGACUAACAUUCAUGCUUGUCUUGCGCAUGUUUUAUUGGAUACUCGAAAAACCAUCAAUAAAUAUAUUGUUGAAGAAUUUCGUGAGUUAGCCAUGUGGAGUAUUGCAUUGCUAAUUAAUACUUCAACUUGGUAUGAAUUCAAACAGAAUUGGAAAUUGAUUUGUCUUGUAUUUAUUCAAUUACAUUUUGGUGAAAGUCAUGCUAACAUUGAACAUAAAGAUGCAUUACUUGAUAAAAUAAAAAAAAUUAAAUUAGAUACAAAUACUGCUCAAGCUAUUACAACAAGUGAAUCUGCAGCAGUUCAACAUUUAGAAAGAGGACCUAAUUUUGAUCCAUACACUUUCAAUGAUCUCGAAGAAGAAGAAGAAAAUAAUUUUGAUCAAUUAGAUAAAAGUUUUUCAAGAGUAUCGAAAAAGCUAGUCGUCGACGAAGAAAAAGAAGCAAAUGCCACUGAUUCACCAUUCAAAAUUGAUAUCAAUAACAUUUUUCGUGAUGCAAUUCAUAUUAUUGGUGUCUCAUUGGAAGAUGUACUUGGUACUGCUUCUCAAGGUAUUUUAAGAUGGUUCAAGUAUUUAAUAAAUUUUUUCAUGCCUACACUGCCUAUCUGGUCCAAUCUAUUGAUAGGUGAUCUUGGUCGUCAUCGUCGACGCAUCGUACAAUCUUAUGAACGAAUACUUAUUAUGAAUCCUCAGCAAAAAACAACAGCCAUAAGUGAGAGACGCAUGGGAAUUUUAAAACGUACACAAUUAGACGAUAAAAUUUCAUCAAAUGUUUCAUAUAUUGUAGGUGGUCAUAUUCAUGUUCGAGUUGAUGUUUUAUUAUCAAUUAUAAUACCUGAUAUGUUGACAAUAAUAGAAGAAUUUUCAAGUGCUUUACUUAAUUAUUGUACAACAACACGGAAUAGCUCCCGUAAUGAUAAUUCCAUGAUAUUAGAUGAGCGCCGAUUGAAACCAAUCGAAGAACGAUGGCGACAAUCAUCCAGUAAAAGGGAUCAUGGAUAUUACAGUAAAGGUCCAGAUGAACCAGUUUUUUCUGAUCUUGUUUCGUCUUUAUUAUCAUCCAGAAAUAAUGUUAAUAUCAACCUGAAGUUGCCGUCGUUAUCGCCAGAAUGGUUAAAUGUUGCUAUUGGAUUAGUUCUUUCAACAGGAAAUAAUUCUUCUUUUCGUCAUCGUACUUUAGUUUCAUCUUCAUCAAACACCACACCAUUAAUUAAUGCCAUUUUAAAAUUUAUUGAAGACUGGUCAAAUUCAGCAACGGGUAUUUCUCAACAAAAGACGAUCCAAUACUCAUUAGCAAUAAAUGAAUCAAAUGAUCUUGAUGAUUGUUCUACAUUUAUUCUCGAACAUAUCUUAAUACCAUUAUUACCAUGUACUCUUAUCGUGGACAAAGUUCAUGCAUGUAAACAAUGUGAAUUUGUAACAAAAAGAAGAACUACAAUCUCAUCGAUUCCAGUCCAUGUACUUAAAACUGGUUUAAAUCUUGAACAACAGCUUUAUAGUUUUUUUUCACCAAUGUUAUCAGAUCUACUUUGUUUUUCAUGUAAAACUCCAACGACUCGACAUAUUGAAGUUGUUGAAUGGCCACCAAUAUUACUUAUCAAUGUUAAUGAUUCUCAUACAACUGUUAAAUUCCGCAAGCCACCCGGUAUCUUUUCGCUUGCUCAGUUCUCAAGUUGGUCAGCAAUUGGUGGUCCAUCAGCAGCUGUUUACAAUCUUAUUUGUUUUAAUACAAUUAUACGAGCAGGUAUAAAUAAUACAAUGAUACGAGUAACAAGGAUUAAAAGAAGUUGGUCUACAAGUAUUAAUAAAAAGUUAAUUGGCGAAGGUGAACAAUUCAGACGUCUGUAUGCAAAUAGUCGUAAUCUUAUCUUCGAACGUGUUAAUGAUAAUAAUAAAUUAAACAUUAUCCAUGCAAUUAUUCAAUGUUCAUUAAGUGAAAGUCAAAUCUCGCUCGAUAAUAUUCCAUCAUUUGUUACUUUACAAGAAGCGUGUUCGUUUAUCCAAAUAGAUCAUGCACUUAUUGAAUUAAAUCAUGUCCUUAUUGCUCAUAUUAAGACCUAUUUUUUUUGUUAUUCUUGUCAUCGUACAUCCGAUUCUCUGACCUUCAUCGAUCGAAGUGUUCGACCGAAAGAUGCCUUUAAUGGAAACUUGAAAUUGAUCGAUGUUAAUAAUGCUGAACAUUCUUAUUCACCACGUGCUAUUUUGAUAAUUAGUCGUUAUGAUAAUACAAUCGCCAUUAUCAAACAAGAAUCAAAUAAAUUCAUCCAAUAUGUCGGAAACACAUAUUUGGAACAAACUCCUAUAUCAUACUCGAAAUUGACUGAUUUAUUCGAUACUAGUGGUGCUAUCCUAGUUUUUCAUCAUCAGGUACUUCUAAUUCUAGUCAUGGUUAUUAUUUGA